GCCUGCUAGGUGGUCGCGGCGGUCAUGGUGACUUCAACUCCACCCUUGUGAGUGGCACUCGUCCUGACUGCAACGGCACGGCUCCCACCAACGUCACCCGUCCUGCUGAGGGAGGCCGCGGCGGCAAGGGGCCGGGCCUGCUAGGUGGUCGCGGCGGUCAUGGUGACUUCAACUCCACCCUUGUGAGUGGCACUCGUCCUGACUGCAACGGCACGGCUCCCACCAACGUCACCCGUCCUGCUGAGGGCGGCCGCGGUGGCGCUGGCUCCAAGGGCAACCAUCACCGCGUGCUGCGUGGCGGCUUUGUGGAGGACAAUGCGGCCCAGCUGCGUGCUGACAUCUAGUUGGAGGGCCUAGCAGCUAGCCGCGGAUCAGAAUACCAGUGUUCGGAUCCCAAUGGAGUGGACCGGAUGAAGUGGACACCCAUGUGCCGGCGCCUUCCGGGUUUGGAGCCUCCUGGGGGAAUCACAUGGAGCACGUCCCGCCAGCGUGCCACAUGCCCAGCCGGUGUUGCGUUACAUACGGCGUUCCGCUCAGGGCAUGUUGCAUAGGGAGGUUGUGAACAAGGCGGUGAUGCGGCGGGCACGUCGUCAACGUGGUAUGGGUGUUGAGCAGCAGCGCGGCUAGUCUGAGGUAUUGGAG